AUUUAAUACGUACCAUAUACAUAGAUAUAUGUUUCGUUCUGUACUUAGAAAGCCAUUAUCAUCCACUUUCAUCACUUGUGCAUUACGUAAUAGUAUUAUUAUGAAGCGUCAUAUUAAUUCAGAAGUCAUUUUGAAUGAUACGGAAAAGAAGAUCAGAUCUCUUCUUGUAGACUUUUGCGAUACAUACAAUCAAUCAAAGACUGAAGAUUUAUUAGAACUUCGUAUCACAGGUGGUUGGGUUAGAGAUAAACUCUUGGGAAAUCAUAGUAAUGACUUGGAUAUUGCUAUAAAUCAUUUACUGGGGGAAGAAUUUGCUGCACAUUUAUUUGAAUUUGCAGAAUCAAAGUAUCCACAAUUAACCCUUAACUCAAUUCAUACCAUUAAGAAAAACCCUGAAAAAUCAAAGCAUUUGGAAACUUGUACAACUAAAUUAUAUGGACUUGAUAUUGAUUUUGUGAAUUUACGUUCUGAAGAGUAUACUUCAGACAGUAGAGUGCCAGUGAUUGAAUGUGGAACAGCAGAAGAAGAUGCAUUAAGAAGAGAUGCCACUCUUAAUGCAUUAUUUUACAAUUUAAAUAAAGAUAUUAUAGAAGAUUUCACCGGUCGUGGGUUACAAGACUUACAAGACGGUAUCUUGCGUACUCCGUUACAACCAUUACAAACAUUCUUAGACGAUCCAUUGAGAGUCUUAAGAUUGAUUCGAUUUGCCAGUAGAUUUGAUUUCAUUGUUGAGAAUGAAACCUUACAAGCGAUGACUAAUUCAGACAUUAAAUCCACUUUAGUUCAUAAGAUUAGUCGUGAAAGAGUUGGUAUUGAAGUUGAAAAAAUCUUGAUGAGUAAUAAUCCCCAAUAUGGAUUAAAACUUAUUAAUUAUGUUGGACUUACUGACAGUAUUUUCAAUGCCGGUGUAUUAUCAUCCACGAUUACAGAAGUAAACGAAAAUGCAUUGAUCAAUGAAUUAAACACCAAGACCCAAGAAAUCCCUGCUGUUCUUGAUAUUGCUACAGAAUUUUUAAAAUCAUUCAAGAAUGAAAUCCAACAUUUUCCAAAAUUAUCAACCAUUUUCAAUGAAAUAAUGAUCAAUAAUAAACAAACACAAAAGUUGUUUUGGCUUACAGUCAUUCUUCAGCCAUAUGGAGAUCUCAGGGUUAGAAUCAAUGCGAAAAAACCAAAUCUUAACCGCCUUACAGAAGUCAUUUUGAAAGAAGGUCUUCGUUUAGGGAAACACGAGUUUGAAGCUGUUUCAAAUGCAGUUAGCAGAACUGUACUUGAACAUACAACCCUCGACAAUUACUUCGAUGAUCCAACUUCUAUUUCUAGAUCCACUUUAGGACUUUAUCUUAAAGGUUGUGGUCCAUAUGCAAACUUAAACAUUUUACUCAAUUGUUUCAUUGAUUUACUCCCACAUAUCGAAUUGGUUGACUGUCCGAAAGUUCCACAACCAAUUUUAGAUUCAGGAAUUACUGAAUCUAGUAUUGGUGCGUUGAAAUCAUGUUUGAAUAAUUAUGAGCAAUUAUGUCUCGAUAUAGAAAAAAUGGGUCUUGAAGACAUUUAUUCGACCUUCAAGCCAGUUGUGGAUGGUAAGACCCUUUUGGCUGCUUUGCAAAGAAAACCAGGUCCUUGGCUUGGUAGAGUUAAUGAACAGGUUCUUAUUUGGCAAUUAGAUCAUCCAAAUGGAACUCCAGAGGAAUGUAUUGAACAUGUUAAAUCAAUUUUACAUCAAUACGUUUAAGAGAUCUACAAUUUUUAAGUGGGAGUUAAUAGAUAUAAUAGUACAUAUGCUCAUAUAGUGACUCGUACAAUAACAUAUAUUU